UGAAUAGCCCCUAUUCCACUGUUUUUAUAAGGUUGUAACGCACGAAAAUCCAUCAGUAAAAUCCGAUUCUUGCGUAUGGCAGUUUGUAUUUGCGAAGGUGGCUGGUUGUGUUCCACUUGCAGCCGGUCAAUUUUUUUUAUAUACUACUAGUGUGUGCUUCAAUUAGAGAGCGAAGGCAAAAAAGAAAAGAAAUUUUGCCGUGUGGUGUGUUCGCAUUUUGAACGAAAAAUCCAUCUUUUCCCGCGUGUGAACGGUGUGACAUAAUUUUUCCCCAUCCGGGUGGAGUUUCCUCAAAUUUUUGGCAAGAAAAAAAAAGGAAGAGAAAAAACGGGGUGGGUCACACAAUUUGGUGAUUUUUGCGGAUAAGGAAAAUUUUUUCGGGAUCACGCGCAACCCCCUAAUCAAACAUGGAAUUGGCACCAAAUUAUUCCUUCGUUUUUGACUUUGAAAAUGACUUCAUACACGAGGAUACCCGGCACUGGAUGCUCAGGAACUGGACAUGGGUCUUCUACUCAUCCGGAAUUUACAUGCUUGUGAUUUUUGGGGGCCAACAGUUCAUGCUCAAUAGACCAAAAUUCGAACUGAGAGGUCUCCUUGUGAUUUGGAACACAAUGUUGGCGAUGUUUAGUAUAAUGGGAGCCUUCCGGACGGCUCCUGAAUUAUUACACGUGCUACGGCAUCAUGGUCUAUUCCACUCAGUAUGCGUUCCUAGCUUUAUCGAACAAGACAAAGUGAGCGGAUUCUGGACAUGGCUAUUUGUGCUGUCGAAACUGCCGGAAUUGGGUGAUACAAUUUUCAUUGUGCUGAGGAAGCAACCACUGAUCUUCCUUCAUUGGUACCAUCACAUCACAGUCCUCAUGUACUCAUGGUUUUCGUACACGGAGUACACAGCCUCCGCAAGGUGGUUCAUCGUGAUGAAUUACUGUGUUCAUGCCCUCAUGUAUACCUACUAUGCCCUACGUGCGAUGCGCUUCCAUCCGCCACGCUUCAUAUCCAUGAUCAUUACGACGCUCCAGCUGACGCAGAUGGUGAUUGGAUGCGCGAUAAAUGUCUGGGCGCAUUCAUUUAUCCAGACACCAGGGCGCUCGUGCAACAUCUCACCGAUGAAUAUAAAGCUCUCGAUCGCCAUGUACUUUAGCUACUUUGUCCUCUUUGCGCGCUUCUUCUACGUCACGUAUCUAUCGUCAAAUGCGCGCAAGGGUCGCCGAAUUGCGGCACCCACGUCAAAGACAGCGUCCACUUCAAGGAAUGACCCGAGGGAGUUGGACAAUUUACUCAAUGGCAAACAAGCUACCAAAGUCAAAGCUCAAUAAUUAAGCGGAAGAACAUGUUUUAUCUUUCGCACUAAAUUAUUCAGUGAGGGGGGGUCAGGUACACACUCACACACAUUUAUUUUGCUACUUAACAAACAGCAUUUCCUUAUUUUUCUCACAGCAACAUUUUCCCAUUGAGAAUCAAAUGAAAAAAAAAAAAAGAAAAACUUUACUUUUUCCCCUCAAACACAAAAUAAUUUUCACAGCAUUUUCGUCUUUUGUUAUUAAUACCUCAAAGAACGAAAAAAAAGAAGUAGAAAAGACGAACAAGUAAUAUCCGCAUCCGCCAGUGUGGCAAAAGAUGUUUAAACACCAAAAUGAAAGAGCAAACAAAUUUAUAAUAAUGUUCAAAAACAAUCACUGCGUGGAAGUCAGCACAGGAAGGCAUAGCGAGGGGUGGACAAACGAUAUACUCUUUGCAUACAUAUGUAGGCAUUGUGAAAUAUUGAAGAAAAAUAUUUAACAACCUGAUUUAUUAUUAUUUUUUGGAGUUUAAAAAGAAAUAAUAAUUUGCUUUAUUUAUAAAAUCAUCAUAGGGUUGUUUUCUGUAAAGUUUUGUAUAUUUUUUUGUCUGAAAAAGAUCGUAUCAGAUACAUAAAAAAUGGUGGAAAGAAAAUCCCUCUAAUUCUUCUCGAAUUAUGAGAAGAAAAGAAGGAGAAUUGAGUGACAAGAAAAAAUCCUUUAAAGCAAAGGUUGUUAAUCUUUUUUUUGACUGGUUAUUUAUUUAUAUUAUAAUAUUAUAAGAUGAGUAUAAAAAGUUUUUUUUUGCUACACAGAAAAACAAUCACAAAGCAAUACUUAUUUCACAAAAUAUUCUAUUUCAAUGUGGAACAUGGGGUUUAUUAUUUAACAAGAAAAAAAUACACACUGCAUUAUUGUCUUCAUUUUCGAAUUGUUUUCAACACACACACACCGCAGAAAAAACACAAUUAGCGAGGUUUUAAAAUAUGUGGAUGAAAAAAAAAGAAAUUAUUAAUGGGAUCGUAGAAAAUACUUCAUUGUCAUCAAAAAAGUAUUUUAUAUAUUUUACCAAUUAAUAGUGAUGAAGAGGUAAAAGGAGAAAAUUGAUGAGAUAAAAAAAAAACAUUUUAUUAAAGUACAAAGCAUAAAUGAGGUGAGCAACCGGUUUAGUGGAGAAAAUUCCGUCUCGAAAAUUUAAUAAGUUUCGUAUUAAAUUAGGGAGGUUACGUACAUGGAAAGACAAAAACACAUCUGAGGAAUUUAGUCAAUUGGUUUUUUUUUGCAAAAAGAAAAAGAAACUACUAACGCAAUUGGUACGGAAAAUACCUUGAAUUCUAAGGUGCUUGAAGAUAUUACACUUCUUGUAGGAUUUAUAGAGUUCCAUAAAGAAUUAAUUGAAAACCUUUGGUUUUACGUUAGAAUCGUUAAAAAUUAAUUUAAAAAAAAACUUUAAAUGAUAAAAGUAAGAGAACGGUAAAAAUAAGGUGAUUUAGUAAAAUUCCUUGUCAUUGUCUUAUUGCCCCAACAAAAAGAAUAAAAAAAAUUAUUUAAUAGUCAUAGCCAGACCCAAUAAAGUUCUAAAUUAACCAAAAUUAAUUGAUGCUUUCACCAAGGUCAAACAUAUUAAUUUAUUCUAAAAAUACUUAUAUAACAGUUAUUAGUUUAUUGACGCCACUAUAAACUACACAUGGAACUUUUUUUUCUAUUUCUUUUUUUAAUUCUUAAACAGUAAAAUUAUUUAUAAGCAAAAAGUUCUACAAUAAAUACGUUAAUUACUUUACAAAUUAAUACUUCCCAUAGCAACUUCUAAGUAAAUGUUUUGCAGGAAAGAACUAUUAGAUCAUGAUCUUUUGGCAAAAAAAAAUCUUUAAGACUUUAUUUAUUUUACAAGAAGUGUAUUUGAUGGUUUGAACGUAAACAUGUUAAAGCGACGUGCGUUCUAUCGCGAUGUAAGUUUUUGGAGAUGAUCUUGAGUUUCUGAAAAGGAGUUAGCAGAGAAGAGAAUUUCUAACGUUUACUUUGGCAAACGACAAAGGAAAAAAAUGGCAUAAAGUGUGGAAAAUAUAUAAAAAUUGGCGAAUCAUGACAAUGAGACAAGAAGAUUUCUCGCAUUGUCAUCCCAUUUGUUGGAACAGCAAUGUAGGUACAUACAAAAGUUGACGUCAGGGCGAUUGACCAUUAAUGCCCGCGCGAUGUUAAUGAUUCUGCUGAUGAGAGUAAGAGGCACAAAGUGGGCAAAGUACAAGAGUGCAGUAAAAGAAGGAAAAUCCCGCGCAAUUUAAUUUCUAUAUUGUCUUUUUUCUGAAUGUCUCUGAAAUGCAAAGUGUUUUGUCCAUUUUUCGAGAGAGGAGGUACAACUACGAAGGUCAAGUUAAAAGUCGAAAUUGAGCACACUCUUCAUGCGCUGAAGUACGCGAAUAAUUUGACGAGAUGAAAAAAAGCAGCAGCUGAAGAGUUUUCUUGCUGAAAUUUUUUGUUAUGCCGCACUUUUUUGGGUCACUGUCAUUUUUUUUCUUCUCUGCCAAUUUACUCUUUCUCUGCAACAUACCUAUACCUACUAAUUCCUGUGUAGUAACACGAAUAUUGAACGAUAAAAAUGAAGUUAAAGAGUGAAGCGUAAACAAAAAAUAAUAAAACAUUCACUUAUGGAACGCACGGGGCACACAAUUCGGCAACUAAAAGGCGUUAGUUUGGUUUUCUUUAUCAAAAAUUGAAUUGAAAAUUGAAAAAAAUACGGUUUGGUGUAACAAAAUGAAAUAAAAAUUAAAAAUGUAUAUCAUUCGCUAUAUAUAAAACAAUUGCGAAAAAAAUGAAAAAUUUAUAUAUACCCAUAUAAUACAUUUCAAUUUUUUAUAGAGCGGCAGACAGCAACAUUUUUGGAAUAUUUAUGCGUGACUUAAUGAUUUUCUUUUUUGCUUGCGAAAAAAAAGAAAGAAUGGCUUAUGCGCGAUCAAUUUCUUUAUUAAUAAAGAAAACAAAAUUCAUUUUUCUUUCUUUUUUUUUGACUAUAUACAAAAGAAAAUGAAUUCAAAGAAAAAAAAAGAAGUAAAAGAAGGAAUGAGAUGGAAAAUAAAAUGCAGAACCAAACGUGAAUUAUGAUUUUUGUGCUGAAAUAACUAUUGCAAAGUUAAUUGAAAGAAAAAAUAUAUAUAUUAUAGUCAUUGCGGUUUUGUAGUUUGUACAUAAAUAAUGAUUAUUAUGAAAUUUUCCUUUGAAGUGGUUUUUGAGAGAGAGAGAGAGUGAAAGAGAGGAAACGCAGAUUAAGGUGUGAAGACGACGCUUAGAUAUUUUACUAUAUACAAGUAGGAAAUAAUAUUCUAAAAAAAAGAAGAAAAGAGUUAAAAUGGAAAUAAACGGGAUUUAAAGGGUGUCCCCGAAUUUAUGGUCCUAUAAAAUGAAUUAGGUACAUAAUAGCCUCUAUAAAAUGUAAUAAAUAGUAAUUGAAGCUCUGCGAAGGUUCUGUAAGUUGUUCUUUUAGAUAAUAACAACAAAUCUAUAGAAUUCGUUUGAAAAUUUUUUAAUCUAUGUAUUGGUUGAAAUUGUUAAAUUUUUUGAGAAGAAGUUUAUCCGAUUUUGUAUGGGGCCCAUCAAUUAAGACCCGCGCAAUCUUGUAGAGAAUCCUAAAAGAAAGUAAGAAAUCGUUAAAUUGAGGUCCCAUACAAAAUUGUAUAAACUCCUUAGAAAAAUGGGCUUGUUGCUUUGAUUAAAAAAAAACUAUUCCUUCAAGUCCAAUAAAAUUCGAUAUUUAAUCGAAUCUCUAUCCAUCAUUCCCACUCUAAUAAACAUCUUUGAAAUUUUUGAAAGCUCAUCUAAUCAAUAAUAAAUUGUUAAAAUUCAUUUAGGCGCAGAAAUAACGGGACACCCUGUAGUUUUUAGUUUCUUUUUGGAGUUGUAAAUUUUGAAACAGUUCUUAAAGCAUUCCUAUAAGCUUAGAAAAAUACAUUUACUAUCUGUAAGAUGAUUUUCUUCGCAUAAAACGUGGGAUUUUCAAAAUGAAAUAUAUUUAGGUACAUAAAAUAUUUAUGAAUGAUUAGCACGAAUUACAGCGCAAGUCACAAAAAUUCAUUCAUAACAAAAAAACUUAACUUUUUCUUAUUUAAAUUAAACAAAAAAAGUUAUAAAAUUGUCACAAUUUUUUUUUUACUGUAAAACAGGAUUUUUUAUAUAAUUUUUUUUAUUUAAUCUCUAAUCCUAAUAAUUUUUUUGGUGCAAAGAAAAAUGCGAAAAAAGGGAAAAGGGUUUUUCAUACAGACUGAAUUUAAAAAAAAAUGAGGAAAAGAAAAUAUAAUUUGAAAAUUUAAUGUUUUGCGAACAUUUGUAAUAAGAUGGUAAGGAUUAAUUUUAAACAAAAGGUGGAAAAAAAGAAGUGGAAACAAUGAAAAAAAAAUUUCUUCAUAAUAAAUUGUACAAAGAUUAA